AUGCAAGCUGCAAGACUCAGAGCAGCUCCCAUCCGGCGCACAUGCACAAUAUCAAAGCCACAGCAGCGGCGCAUCCAGACAUCGCAAUGCUUCACCGACGCGCCACGCCCCUCGCAGGCUGAGGUCGAGCGGGCGCGCGCCUACUGCGCCAACUUCAUCCGCACCUACGACACGCCCUCGCACGUGCUGCAGUCCUUCAUCCCCCCGGCCUCGCGCGAUGCCUACCUCGCCAUUCGCGCCUUCAACGUCGACGUCGCCCGCGUGGCCGACACGACCAGCACGCCCACCGUGGGCAUGAUGCGCAUGCAGUUCUGGCGGGACGCCGUGACAAAGGCGCUCGCCGGGUCGCCGCCCAAAGAGCCCGUAGCCAUCCUGCUCGCCCACGCCGCCGAGGCCCUGCACACGCGCACCCAGGGCCGCAGCCGCCUCAGCAAGAACUGGUUCCACCGCAUCAUCAGCACGCGCGAGCAAUUUCUGGGAAAUCCGCCGUACCCGACCCUGCAGAGCCUCGAGACCUACGCCGAGAACACGUACUCGACGCUCCUCUACCUGACGCUGAGCAGCCUGCCCCAGGCCAGCAUCACAACCGACCACAUCGCCUCGCACAUUGGGAAAGCAACAGGCAUUGCCGCCGUGCUGCGCGGUGUGCCGCUGAUCGCCUUCCCGCAGCCCCAACCAGGCGGCACAAGCGGCCACAUAACGGGCCAGAGCGGACCGGCGCAGGGCGCAGUGCUGCUCCCCCUCGACGUCAUGGCCGACGCCAACGUGCGCGAGGAAGACGUCUUCCGCCGAGGCGGCAGCGCACCGGGCCUGAAAGACGCCGUCUUCACCGUGGCCACGCGCGCAAACGACCACCUGAUCACGGCGCGCGACAUGCUGGCCAAGCUGCGUUCCGAGGGCACGUUGGGCCACGACUUCGAGCACCAGAACGAUGAGGAGCAUCGUUACGAGCAGGUCGAUGCGGGCAAGGAGCAGCAGCUCGCCGAGGUCGAGCAGGCGUUUGGCGUGUUCAUGGGCAGCGUGAGUACGCAGGGUUGGCUGGACAGGCUGCAGAAGGCGGAUUUUGAUCUCUUCGAUCCAAGCCUGAGGAAGAACGAUUGGAAGCUGCCCGCCAAGGCGUACUGGGCGUAUUCAAGGAGGAAGCUAUAA